GCAACUUUGACCGUGGGUAACGCCUCCAGACCAUUGCCUUCGCCUCUAACAGCUUUGUUUGCGUAGUUAAAAUUUUAAACUCGUCUUUUUACUAUUGUGCCUUUGUUACGACCUCUCGCGACCCCGAACUUGCGCUCGCGGACUGGCUCAAGUAGCCACGUCUCCCCAAAGACGACUUCAUAGCCCUCGCAUCUAGCUGGAAUCAUGCGCUUGGACGUGAAGCGGCAGCUCUUCGCGCGAUCGGAGAGGGUCAAAGGUACAGACUUUCACCCGACCGAGCCAUGGAUUCUCACCACCUUGUAUAGCGGACACGUCCAUAUCUGGUCCUACGUUUCCCAAUCUAUCGUCAAGACCUUCGAGCUCACCGAUGUUCCCGUCCGAGCGGGUCGAUUCAUUGCGAGGAAGAAUUGGAUAGUCGCAGGCUCCGAUGACUUCCAGUUGCGCGUCUACAAUUACAACACCUCGGAGAAGGUUACGUCAUUCGAAGCGCAUCCAGACUACAUUCGUGCCAUUGCUGUGCAUCCAACGCAAUCUUUUGUGUUGACCGCUAGUGACGAUAUGACAAUAAAGCUGUGGGACUGGGACAAAUCAUGGAAAUGCGUCCAAGUCUUUGAAGGCCAUGGCCACUAUGUCAUGGGCAUUGCCAUAAACCCAAAGGACCCAAACACAUUCGCAUCAGCAUGUCUCGACAGAACUGUGAAGAUAUGGUCAUUAGGCAGCACAACCCCUAAUUUUACUCUGGAAGCACAUGAAGCCAAGGGCGUAAACUUUAUUGAUUACUACCCGCAAUCUGACAAGCCAUAUCUGCUCACUACAUCUGAUGACCGGACUGUCAAGGUCUGGGAUUACACAACAAAAGCCCUCAUUGCUACGCUAGAAGGCCACACCUCGAAUGUUAGCUUUGCCGUAUAUCAUCCGGAACUGCCAGUGAUUAUUUCUGGGUCUGAAGACGGCACCAUCAAGAUUUGGCAUUCAUCAACGUAUAGGCUAGAACAGUCAUUAAAUUACGGUCUUGAACGAGCGUGGUGUGUGGCUUACCAGAAAGGCAAGAAUGGCAUCGCCCUUGGGUUCGAUGACGGCGCCGUAGUCAUCUCUAUGGGGCGAGAAGAGCCAGCUGUAAGCAUGGAUGCUGCAGGAAAGGUGCUGUGGGCUAAACACAACGAAAUUCUUACCGCUGUGAUCAAAGGCAACGAGAAACUGAAGGACUCAGAACGUUUGACCCUGCCAACCAAGGACCUUGGAUCGACCGAAAUUUACCCUCAAUCGCUAUUGCACUCCCCAAACGGACGAUUUGUCGCAGUCUGCGGUGAUGGAGAAUACAUCAUCUACACAGCGCUUGCUCUCCGUAAUCAAGCUUUCGGCUCCGCGUUAGAUUUCUGCUGGGCUUCGAAAGAGCAUGAUAAAGACUACGCAAUUCGAGAGUCAUCCACGAGUGUGAAGAUAUUCCGAAACUUCAAAGAGCGAAGUGUUUUGAAUGUGGGCUUCUCGGCUGAUGGUCUUAGUGGAGGCAUUCUCCUUGGUGUAAAGGGUCAGGGCGGCAUCGGUCUGUUCGACUGGGAUACCGGCGCCUUGGUCCGAAGGAUAGAGGUCGAACCCAAGAGUGUCUACUGGUCGGAGAGCGGUGAGCUCGUCACGUUGGCAACAGAAGACACUUUCUAUGUCCUCCGAUACUCUCGCGAGAACUAUUUGGAGGCAGUCCAGAAUGGAGAGGUUGAUGAAGAUGGCGCGGAGUCUGCUUUUGAAGUUGUUUGCGAUAUCAACGAGAGUGUUCGUACAGGCGCCUGGGUUGGCGACUGCUUCAUUUAUACCAACAGUACAAACCGACUCAACUACCUCGUUGGCGACCAGUCCUACACAAUUUCCCACUUUGACGCCCCCCACUACCUUCUCGGCUAUCUUCCGCGUGACUCCAGGAUCUACGUUGCGGAUAAAGACGUCAACGUCGUCUCAUUUGCGCUCUCCCUUGCCGUCGUCGAAUACCAAACGCUCGUCCUCCGAGGCGAUCUCGAGGCCGCAGAAGAGAUCCUCCCGAACGUACCCAAAGACCAAAAUAACAAGAUCGCCCGAUUCUUGGAAGGACAGGGAUACAAAGAACUCGCGCUCAAAGUCGCCACGGACCCAGAACACCGCUUUGAUCUCGCCCUCUCCCUCGGCGAUCUUGAGCAAGCCACUGAAAUCGCCCGCGAGCAGGACACAGAGCACAAGUGGAAGACAGUCGGCGAUGCGGCGCUCACAGGUUGGGACGUCAAGCUCGCGCAGGAAUGCUUCGUCAAAGCUAAAGAUCUCGGUUCUUUGCUGCUAGUGUACAGCGCCACUUCCGAUGCAGACGGUCUGAGAGAAUUGGCGAAGCUGGCAGAAAACGCGUCAGCGAAUAAUGUCGCGUUCUCGGCCCUCUGGCAGAUCGGCGAUGUCGAUGCUUGUAUCGAGCUCCUGACCAAGACAAAUCGCGUUGCAGAGGCGGUGCUCUUCUCGCAGACGUAUAAGCCUAGUGUGACAGCAACACUUGUCAAGAAAUGGAAAGCGAGUUUGGAGAAGGAGAGUAAGGGGAAGGUUAGCCGAUUGUUGGGGGUUCCGCCGAGCGAGGGUGAGGGUGAUGCUGAGAUGUUCCCUGACUGGGAUGAGUAUUUGAGGCUUGAGAGGGAAGGUGGUACGGCGGAGGAUUUGCCGACGAAGGGGGAGGUGGAAGUUGAGGAUGGGGCGGUUGAGGAAGAGGAGGGUGUGGAGAAUGCAGAGGAGGAUGAGGCCGAAGAAGACGAAGAAGAGUGAGGGGGUCUAGGUAGGUGGGGUUGUGAGCCAAGGGGAAUGACGAGGAGUGUCGGACAGAGGGUGAGAACCAGUCCUAAGGAAACUUGGCAUUAUGUUUUUUUUUGUGCGCUUUUCGAAGAUUAAAGAGGCCCACCGGAUAAGGGAUAUGAAAAU